AUGAGGCAUACUCAGAGUAUUUCCCAUGUCCCUCCUGUGGUCACCACUGGGGUGAAGCCAGGGAACAUGAGACCGCAUCACAACAGCACAAAGGGCAUUGGAGCGCGUAGCAGGAUGCGAAUCCCUGAGAGAGAGCAUUCCAUAGCAGUGCUGAAAAGCAUGCAGCGACCUCCAUUCCAUCUACAUCGGGAAGAACAAGAGGCCUUCUUCAACCUACUGGAGGAUGACUUGGUACAAGAGUUCUUGUCUAUGGACAUAUGCUACAGGAUUUCAGAUAAGUAUCUUCUAGCCAUGACUCUGACUUACUUCAAACGUGCUGGCCUGCAUAUUAGUGAAUACACACGGAUGAACCUUUUCACUGCUCUGUACUUGGCUAAUGACAUGGAGGAAGAUGAAGAGGAUUACAAGUAUGAGAUCUUUCCCUGGGCCCUUGGUGACAACUGGCGGCAGCUGUUCCCACAGUUCUUAAAACUGAGGGAUGGCUUCUGGGCUAAAAUGAACUACCGAGCAGUGGUCAGCCGGCGCUGUUGUGAUGAGAUAAUGUCAAAGGAGCCAUCCCAUUGGGCUUGGUCACGUGAACGACCCGUUCAUCACAGUGGAGCACUGAGAAGCUACCUGAAGAAUGAAAAGGACUCACUUCCCCGAGGACCUGGUGUUACUCCCCCAAGUUGCCCCCUCUGCACUUGUGAGCUGACUGAGGAGGAAGGCAGCCCAGAAGAUGCUCCAAGUGCCGGUAUUACUUCUGAUGGUGACCUAUUGCCAUUCACUAACAAGUGGUCCCAGAACUUUAUUAUCCUCCCUCAUAAAAUAAUGAUGGAUCCAGUGGCAACAUAUAGCCUGCAGAUCCUUCAGGAGCCAGGAGUCACUAUGGAGCCUGAUGGAACUGGCCUGGAUUGGCGAUCUGUGGGGUGA